ACAAAAGAAAACACUUCUCUAAUUCCGGUUCACUUAAUAAAUGGCAAUGAAGAGUCUCUCCUUUCUUGCAGUUCUAUCUCUUCUGGCCUUAACACUUCCAUUAGUCAUUUCCUCUGAUCCAAGCCCCGUUCAGGACUUUUGUAUUGGCGUCAACACCCCAGCAAAUGGUGUUUUUGUGAACGGAAAGUUUUGCAAGGACCCAAAGGUCGCAACGGCGGAUGACUUCUUUUUCUCAGGGCUUCACAAUGCAAGACCAGUAACUAAUGCAGUUGGUUCCAAUGUGACAGCCGUCAAUGUUAACAACCUACCAGGAUUAAACACCCUUGGAAUCUCUCUUGUCCGUAUAGACUAUGGAGUGAACGGGCAGAACCCUCCUCAUACUCACCCACGUGCCACCGAGAUCCUUGUUCUCCAAGAAGGAACACUUUUGGUAGGUUUUGUCUCAUCAAACGGAGAUGGAAAUCGCCUCUUCACCAAAACACUGAGCAAAGGUGAUGCAUUUGUGUUUCCAGAAGGACUCAUCCAUUUCCAGUUUAACGUGGGACGGUCUCCAGCGGUUGCAUUCGCUGCUUUGAGCAGCCAAAACCCAGGUGUUGUCACUAUUGCCAACACCGUCUUUGGGUCUAACCCACCUAUAAACCCUAAUGUUCUUUCUAGGGCUUUCCAGCUGGAUCCUAGGGUUGUCAUGGAUCUACAGAACAAGUUCUGAAUAUCAUCAUGAAUAUAACAUUGUGUGUUUCGAUUUCUUUCAUCUCAUGUAUUCGUCUAAAUAAGGAUCAUGUAUUUGCCCGUUCAUUGUAAUGUAAUGUAAUGUAAUGUAAUGUAAUGUAAUGUAAUG